CAAAAUCGAAAAGCCAUUGAAUAAUAUAGAAAAUGUGCCCCAGUCAUUCCCCAGGCGAAGCAAAAUAAAAUAAAGCGAACAGCGGAGUGAUCAAUCCCACCACGGCACCACCCUGACCAAGGCAGCAGAUCCACGCAAACGUGUCACCGUCACCGAUUCCAGCCCCCGGCGAUCUCUGCGAUCUCAGGACAGAUUCGAGCAUUCCAAAUCGAAAUUGCGGGAGGGAUGGCGAUGGCCUUCUUGACGUUGGAAGACUCACCGAUGUUCAAAAAACAGAUUCAUUCAUUGGAGCACACAACUGAUGAAUUGAAAGAUCGUUGUCAAAAACUUCACAAAGGAUGUAAGAAAUUUAUGGCAUCAAUUGGUGAAGCAUAUCAUGGCGAUCUUUCAUUUGCAGAUUCAUUGGAAGCAUUUGGUGCUGGACAUGAUGAUCCUUCCAGCAUCGCUAUAGGAGGACCUGUGAUGUCAAAAUUCAUAACUGCAUUUAGGGAACUUGGGAGUUACAAAGAACUUCUUCGUACUCAGGUAGAACAUAUGCUGAGUAACAGGCUGAUGCAAUUCAUCAAUGUGGACAUACAGAAUGCUAAGGUAGUUUUUCUUUGGAGAUGA